UCGUGUGCUGUCAUCCCCUCGUGGCCGCCCCGCCCUGGGCAUGGCUUCCACCUCGUCUUCGGCCGGUUCCAACUGGGGCCUGAUCAUGAACAUCGUGAACAGCAUUGUGGGGGUCAGCGUGCUCACUAUGCCAUUCUGCUUUCGGCAGUGUGGCAUCUUUUUGGGAGCUCUGCUGCUUAUUUUCUGCUCCUGGAUGACUCAUCAAUCCUGUAUGUUCCUAGUGAAAUCAGCCAAUCAAAGCAAACGCAGGACCUAUCCCGGGCUAGCCUUCCAUGCCUAUGGGAAAGCUGGAAAAAUGCUGGUGGAAACCAGUAUGAUUGGACUGAUGCUAGGAACCUGCAUUGCUUUCUACGUUGUUAUUGGUGACUUGGGUUCAAACUUUUUUGCCCGGUUAUUUGGAGUUGAGGUGAACGGUGUCUUCCGGGUAGUCCUGCUGAUUAUUGUCUCCCUCUGCAUUGUGCUUCCGCUGAGCCUCCAGAGGAACAUGAUGGCUUCCAUACAGUCCUUCAGUGCCAUGGCUCUGAUCUUUUACACUGUGUUUAUGUUUGUGAUUGUGCUCAGUUCUUUCAGACAUGGCCUGUUUGGCGGGCAGUGGCUGCAGCGGGUCAGUUACACACGCUGGGAGGGCAUUUUUCGCUGCAUUCCUAUCUUUGGCAUGUCUUUUGCCUGUCAGUCCCAGGUCUUGCCAACCUACGAUAGCCUGGAUGAGCCAUCUGUUAAAAUCAUGAGUUCCAUAUUUGCCUCAUCGCUAAAUGUGGUCACCACCUUUUACGUUAUGGUGGGGUUCUUUGGCUACGUGAGCCACACUGAAGAAAUUGCUGGGAAUGUACUCAUGAACUUCCCAUCCAAUCCGGUGACUGAGAUGAUACGCGUGGGGUUCAUGAUGUCUGUAGCAGUUGGGUUUCCGAUGAUGAUUCUGCCGUGCCGGCAGGCAUUAAAUACCCUUCUUUUUGAGCAGCAGCAAAAAGACGGGACAUUUGCUGCAGGAGGUUAUAUGCCACCUCUGCGAUUUAAAGCACUGACACUUGCUGUUGUCUUUGGAACUAUGCUUGGAGGCAUCAUGAUCCCAAAUGUGGAGACCAUUUUGGGCCUAACUGGUGCAACGAUGGGAAGCCUCAUCUGUUUUAUCUGCCCAGCUCUUAUUUACAAAAAACUCCAGAAGAAUUCCCUUUGCUCACAGAUCAUAUUAUGGAUCGGUUUGGGCGUUCUGGUCAUUAGUACCUACACUACCUUAUCAGCAGUGGAAGAUACCCCUGCAAAAAUAGAAGCUGUGGAACCAGGCAAGCUGCCAGAAGGGAUAAAGAACAUACUGGAUCCAGACUCUGUCAGAAUCUCAGACCAGAACCUAGCAGUGGAAAAAGUGGGUGAUAACCGUGACAAGCCCAGAGCAGAGAAUGAGAAAGAAGAAAUGGAACAGCCGCAGAUCAGGGUUCCCAUUGAUGUCCCCAAGAGAGAUGAGAAGGAAAAACUGAAGGAGGAAGUGCAGCUGGACCGGCCUGAUCAAGGCAUUGCUCUCCCUGUAGGAGAAGCCCACCGCCAUGAGCCACCAGUGCCACAUGAUAAGGUGGUGGUGGAUGAGGGUCAGGACCAUGAGGAGCCUGAAGAAGAGAAACAUCCACCAGCCCACAAGGAUGUCGUGGUAGAGGGGAAACCUGUGCUGGAGAAGGAGCAGGCACAGCCUAAGCCAGUUCCUGAACAAGCAAAGGAAGACAGUGCCCAGGAAAAGUUAAAGGAACAUCCUGUGAAAGACCCCAAGCCCGUGCCAGAGGUGGCUGCACAUGAGGAUGAGCGGCCCCCUUACAAAGACUUGGAACUGGACAGUCACAAUAGGAGGAGAGACAAGGCUGUGGAUGUGAAGGACAGUGCCAAGGAAGGAGUGAAAUCUGUUGAGAAGGAGAAUGAACCUGGUGAAAAGGAAGAGCCACUGCCACCAGAGCAGCCAGAACCUGCCCAACCUGAGCAGAGGGAAAUCCGUAAUAUAGAGGAGGAUGCAGACAACAAGCUAGAGGAAGCGGGCAAAGAGAAGCUCCUUGACCAUGAAGUCCUGCUGCAAGUGAUUAAGGAACAGCAGGGUCAGCAGAAGCAGCUCUUGGACCAGCAAGCCAAGCUGCUGGCAGUGAUUGAGGAGCAGCACAAGGAGAUCCACCAGCAGAGGCAAGAAGAGGGAGGAGAGGAAAAGCCAAAGCCAGUGGAAACUCACCAGGAACCUGGCCUGCCUCUUUCCAAGAACAAGGGAGGAGAGGAAGGCUUUGCAAGUAAAACUGAAGAUGCAGCAAAGAAUGCACCAAAUGAGAGAUCAGAUCAUCCCUUGCAUGGGCUCAACAACCAACCCCUGGACUCAGAAGGGCAGCGGAGACAGCUGGCUGCAGGUCCAGAAGGAGAGCUGAAGCAUAUACACAGAUUAACUAGAGCUCCACCUAAAAAUCCAGCAUCUCUAGAUGAUGGUGAGAAUAUUGCAGAGCAUCAAGUGGGGAAAAUUUCAGCAGAGAAGUUAGUAGAGUCAGUCAGAAGCGAUUCGCAGAUAGCAGGGGCUGACAGAGAACAUCAAGAGAAGCAGAAAGAAGGCCAUGGCCCUCACUUGGCCCAAGAGGCCCAGGAGAAAAGGAAGAAUGCACAGAAAAUAGAUGACAUUGAGGGAAGGGCUGCAGGCCAAAAAGAGAUGCUUGGAGAAGCCAAAGUUCAUGCAGCGGCUGGGAAGAUUGCUCAGAAAGUCUCUGAGGGAGAGCCAUUUGCCAGAGUUAAUAAAGAGGAGCUCCACAAUCAAGAAAAGCAAGCAGAUGCUGCAUACAAAUCCAAGAUUACUGAAAAUGUACAGCAGAACCAGGAUGUCCUAGGAGCUGUUAAUCCUGACAAGACUGGGGAGAAACAGACCUUCUCUUUGGGCCAGGUUGAUGGACUGCAGGGCCAGGGAGGCAGUAGCAGAGACAGGGCAGUAGCUGGAUUCCAUAUUCCACAAACAAGCCAUGCCAAUGAAUUUCAGCUUGGUGCUGAAAGCGAGCCCCAAAACCCAGGGAAGUUGCAUAAGUCUGACGGUGACCCCGUCUUAAAGACAGAGCUGAUUGCUGCUGCCAGGGAACAUGAAAAUUUGAAACCUAACCGAGACCUGAAGCUGAAGGAAGAGCUGGACUUGCGCCGCAGGAGACGAGACCUAGAGGAAGAGGAGGAAGAGGAGGAAGGGAGGGUGAUAAUUGGACUUAACCCCCUCCCAGAUAUGAAAGUCAAUGACUUACGCAGUGCACUGGAGACUCAGUUAAAUCAGGCAGCGGAAGGUGCCCAGCAAGCACUUCACAGUCGACAAAUAAAACAGAUGCCAAUGGCAGAAGAAGAGGUGUGAGAUCAGGACUUCAUACUGUUGACCAGGUGUAGGUGGCUGAUGGCUAUUUUGGGAUGUCUGUUACUGAGCUAAGCGCAAUUGAGUAUGUAACUGCGGGCAGUCUGAAUCAGUUGGGUCUGCCUGAACCAGGCUCCAGUGACUGAGCGAACGUUGACCUGUGCACGCUCCACAGGGAAGGGAAUUCUGUUGCUGCCAGCCAGUUUCAUGUUCCAGUACUGCAACACCCAGUCUCUCCAAUGUGCUGGUAGCAAAUCAGCAGAAACCAGGAUUACCCACCUUCUCAGUUUUAAAGCAUACUUUGUACU